AUGCUUUGUGGAAGUUCGAAUUCUUUCUCUUCAUUUUUUCACUUUGAACUUCUGCUUUAGCUUACUCUCAAUAUAAAUUAUUCUCAGAGAGCAAAAAUCCCGAAUCAACGAUGAGGAUACUCAUAUUUCACGUCUAAUCCUGAAAUAAUAUGCAGUUCACCGUAUUAUUUCUUCGAAAAAGAAAGAAACCCCCCUAGAACCCAAAGUCCACAUAUUUACGUACAUCCAUCGGACCUGAUUUUAUUCACUUCCAUUCUAUGACUCACUUGCACCAGUAAUCGAUAUUCAGCCUAGAAUCCCGAACGAACUCCGCAUCUCAAUGGGGAAAACCACAUCCUUCUGCAAAAUCCACAUUCAUAAUUCAAAUCUCCUCAAUCAUUAAACCCUCAGUCUCAUUUUCCAAAACGACUAUAACAUCACCCUCUCGGAUCCAACUAAUACCAUGGGAUCCCAACUCAGAGGAACACAUCAACCGACUCAUCCUCCAACGCCUCGCCUGUGGAUGGGGCGCAGAAAACGUCCGAGAGACAUGGUGUAAACAACAACAAGAAGGCCACAAAUCCCUCCAUUGGAUCGUUCGUUCCUCCUUAAUCCCAUUUCCAUUUCCAUACCUCACAAAACAAAAAAAACAAAAAGAAAUCUAACAAAACCCCCAGGUCCUAAAACCCACCCCCCAAACUCCCCUCCAACUAACCACCCACCUCUCAUCCUUCCCCCAAGAAUCCACUCCUCUCCCCUAUCCCACCUCUCCCAAUACCCCCCAUUCUUCCCACUCUCUUUCUGAAGACUACGAAUCGUUCAUCCCAAUCGGUCACAUCUCACUAGACGCCGAUGAAGCCGAUCCCCCAGGAAAACUCUCCUACGAUCUCAAGAACGUCUUCAGAAUCACAGCCUUUUACAUCUCCAAACCGCUGCAGGGGCUGAAAGUAGGCAGUUUGGCGAUGGACGAGGUGGAGAGGAUGGCGAGGGGGAGGGGGAGGAAGGCGUUAGUUUUGAGUACGGCUGCGGAUGAGUAUCCUGGCAGGGAGGAGAAGUUUGUUGCGAUGGGGAAGAUGUUGCCUGUUGUGAGUUUUAUUCUAUUCUUAAGUGUGUUUUUUGUUCGGUCUUUUUUGGGGGGAAGGGUUCCGAGGGUGUUGAUACAGAUGAGGGAGAGGGUGUUUUGAUAAGGAAUGCUAAUGGAACUUUGUGUAGCAUUCCGUCUCAAAGUGGUACGCGCGGAGGGGUUAUGAGCUUUAUAAGACGGUUGAGGAAGCGUGGUUUGACAUCGAUUCUACGGGAAAGACAUGGCAUAUCUCAGCUGUUUUUAUGAAAAGGGAUAUUGGGGGACAGUUAUGACACAUUUGUUCUGCAAUACUGAGUCCAGUCUCCGGAAAAAGCAGUAGUUGGAGGAAGGAGGCCUAGAUUUAAUGUACUCGUGCUUUCCGGUUGCGAGAUAGAAGAAAUACCUGUCAAUUUUCUGAGGAGCGGAUGAGGAAUUUGGGGGCCCAUUGCUGAAUUGAUUGGUCCAGUAGAUGAUUGCUAUUUAUGUGACGUUCUGUGCAGACAUGAAAACCCUCAGUAGAAAUCAGGAUGGUUUCGAGCAUUCGCUUCAAGGCACACCAUAUAAUUACAGUACCGAAAGCAACAUCGCAUCCACCCAACCACCAUCUCCCCCAAGAAAAUACACAAAAAAAUAAACUGUCACCUAAACAAACAAAAAGAAAAAGAAAAGAAAAGAAAAGAAA